AUGGGUCACAACUUGUCACGGCAGGCCAAGCCUUCUGUGUACCUUUUCAGGGGCAACUACCCUGAAGCGUUCACAGACAACACCGGAGUAUACGCUAAGCCGAAUGCUGUAGGCCUGGUCAGCUUGUUGAGCAAGAAGACGGAGAAAAUUUAUUGCGGCGCUCCAACUAGCUGUGAUGCGGGAACCCUUGUUUGCUAUUUCAAGCCCGCUGGCGUAAAGGCGGGGGAGCGUCCUGUGACUGCCAGACUGUCUUUACUUGCAGGUGACGACCAGCAAGAGUGCUUGGACGCGGUCAAUGCUGUCCGUGAGGUCGCAGGGCUAGACCUUCCCCCAUUCACUGCUCCACAGGACCCAAAGAAAAUGAAAACGAGCAGUGCCGCCACUUACGAGGAUGCAUUGUAUAACUUGACAUGCGAGGAUAUUAAAAAUUCAGCAAUCGACCCAACGGUGGCAGACAAGUGCACUCUUAUCUACGCCGUUAAGGCGGGCGGCACUGCCCCAACCGCAGCAGAAGCUAUCGAGUUCUGGAAAACAGGAUUUAAUAAGCUUGGGUCAGUGCGCAUCCCCACAAACACAGGAGAAGUGCAGACUGCAGGGUGCUGGGAAAUAUCUCGCAUUCCAGAUCCUCCAACUCAAGCGCGUGAAGAAUUUUUAGGGGGAUGUGUAGACGAAGAGUGA